UUUCUCUUUCUCUCUCGUUUUCAUAGUUGAUUGCUCACGUUGCCGGUCUCUCUGUCUCUCUCUCUGAGUUGCUCCCUCACGUUGCUAGUCUCUCUGUCAGGAGAGGAGGAAGGCCGUAAUGGCUUGGUCGACGGCCGGCCUCGCGUACCCUGAGAGGUUCUACGCGGCGGCCUCCUACGUUGGUCUCAGCGGAGGUGGAUCUCCAAGCAAGUCUUCCGCGAUCUCCCGCUUCACAGAUGACGUCGCCCUCUUGCUCUAUGGACUCUAUCAGCAAGCUACCGUGGGGCCAUGCACAAUUCCUAAGCCUAAGGGGAUGAAUCAUGUUGAGAGCAGCAAAUGGACGAGCUGGAAUGGACUUGGAAAUAUGGCGCAGACUGAAGCAAUGCGUCUCUUUGUAAAGAUCUUGGAGGAAGAAGAACCAGCUUGGUAUUCGAGGGUGACUGAAUUUGUUGUGGACUCUGUUGUAGAUGUGGAAACAAGUAAUCCUACAGAGAAGCCUGUUAUAUCAGACAGAAAUUCCUUUCCAGAGCCAAGGACCAAAACUGCAGGAGGUGGGGUUUUAGAAACACAAGACGAAGAUGUUGUUUUGGAAGGAUUUGAGCCAGUUGAUGUCCAUAACAAAUGGAUUGCACUCUCAGUGUAUGGUCCACAUCCAAAAGCUCGAUACGAGCAUGGAGCUGCCACUAUCCAAGACAAAAUGUACAUUGUUGGUGGAAAUCAUAAUGGUCGCUAUCUUAAUGAUCUUCAGGUUCUGGACAUGAAAACCCUGACAUGGUCAAAACUUGAGCCUAAAAUGGAACUAGGAUCUCAAGAUUCUCCAUCCCCAGUUCCCUUAGCUCCCUGUGCAGGUCACUCCUUGAUACCAUGGAGGAAUAAACUUCUUUCUGUAGCUGGUAAAGGUAAAGGUUCUUCCGGAAGUGUAACAGUGAAGGCAUUUGAUUUCCAAACAUGUACCUGGUCAUUCUUGGUGACAUAUGGGACACCUCCGGUUUCCCGUGGAGGGCAGAGUGUUACUGUUGUAGGAUCAAGUCUGGUUGUGUUCGGCGGUGAGGAUCAAAAGAGGCCAUUCCUAAAUGAUCUUUAUAUUCUUGAUUUAGAGACAAUGACUUGGGACGAGAUAGAUACUGUGGGGCUGCCUCCUUCACCAAGAUCAGAUCACACUGCUGCUGUUCAUGCAGACCGUUACUUGUUGAUAUUUGGUGGCGCUUCACACACUACGUGCUUCAAUGAUUUGCAUGUUCUCGACUUGGAGAGUAUGGUAUGGUCAACUCCAACGGUGCAGGGUACCAUCCCAACCCCUCGAGCUGGACACGCGGGUGUAACUGCAGGAGAAAAUUGGUUUAUAGUUGGUGGUGGAGAUAAUAAGAACGGGAUCACAGAAACGGUUGUUCUAAACAUGAAUACAUUCACGUGGUCAGUCCUAACUACAGUCGAUAGACAUUCCCCACUGGCUAGCGAGGGUUUAAGCUUGGUGUCAUGCUCUUUAAAUGGAGAUGAUGUUCUCAUUGCAUUUGGUGGAUAUAAUGGGCGUUACAGCAAUGAGGUCCAUGUUCUUAAACCAAGGCAGAAGUCGAGCUUAUCAUCAGAGAUGGAUGCACCGGCAAAAGACAGUAUCACUCCUUUGCCCACAACAGAUGCGAUGAGGACUAAAGCUGGAAAAAUCCAAGGAAUUGUCAUGAACAAUCCUGAGAAUGAUGGCAUUGACGAAAAUGGAGAGCAGCUUAUUAUUUCAACCCUCAAGGCCGAGAAGGAAAGUCUGGAGGCAGCACUAAGCAAGGAGCAGCUGUUGACCCUCCGGCUACAGCAGGAGGUUGCAGAAGCCGAGACACAGAAUUCAGAGCUCUCCCAGGCAAGUCAUUCAUGGAGCUGUAUGAAUCGAACAAAGCACCAGGAACAGUGGAACUUGAGUCUGGUGCUUGCUUGUCUUCAAACGUGGAAUCGCAAUUUGAGUCUGAUGAUUGUCUGUCUCGUCUUAUGCAGGAGCUUCAGUCAUUUCGAAGUCAGCUUGCAACCGAACAGUCAAGAUGCUUCAAGCUGGAGGUUGAUGUUGCUGAGAUACGCUCAAAGCUACAAAAAAUGGAGACAUUGGAGAGGGAAGUAGAACUGCUUCGCAGACAGAAGGUUGCAUCCGAAGAGGUUGCUGCAAUGGGUGCAAAAGAAAGGCAGGGCUCUACCGGGUUGUGGGAAUGGAUAGCAGGGACACCAGCCGGUCAAUAGUCCAAUUUAAAAUUUUCUUUUGUCUUCUGGCAGAGCCUCCAUUUUUGGCAUAUCUUCCCAUGUGUUUUCUAUUGGAUUUAGGAGACAAGAACAUAAAACUUUAUGAUUUCCCUCAAUGGCGAGAGAAGACGAAAAAAAUUUUGGAAUUGAAAUUUAAUUGUAACAGAUACAGCAAAAGUAGAAUAAGGAAAUUCAGAAGCAUGUGUGGGAUAUUCAAUUUUGAUUUGGCCACAUAUAUUGCCAUGUUAUAUUAGUCGAAAGCUGGUAA